GUGUGUGUGUGUGUGUGUGUGUUUGUGUGUGUGAAUGAUGUGAGGAUUUGCAUGAACGAUGGCUACGGUUUGCACUUUCGGUACUAGGCUAUUCCAUUGGCAACCAAGCUAAAUCAAGCAAACCUUAAGUAUUUGGGCCAGGUUUGGUGUUGAUCUUUAGUGUGGCCUGUUAAAGUCUGAAAGGGACCAACAGCUGAUGUUGUGCAUGGUCGUUUUUGAUAUUGAUUGGUUGUUUUUCUUUCCAGAGAAGUUUGAGGUUCUUGGUCCAACUUGUGCCAUUGUUGCUGUGGCUGGUGAUGACAUUCUACCCUGUUACGUCAAACCCAACAUCAGUGCUGAGGACAUGAGAGUUGACUGGUUCAGAAUCAACCUCCCUGACCCUCAGUCAAACAUUAGAGUCCAUUUUUACCAAGACGGCAGAGACAAAUACCAUGAUCGGAUCCACUCCUACGAGGGAAGGACAUUGUUUUUUAAAGAGGAACUGAAGAAGGGCAACACCUCUUUGAAACUGACCAGGGUACAAGGCACUGAUGAUGGACAUUAUAAAUGUCUUGUUGAGUCUAAGACACAUUAUGAUGAUGCCACCAUUCAAGUCUACGUCAGAGCUAUAGGAUCCAAGCCAGAGGUUUCCAUUGAGGGACAGAAAGGAGGGAUGGCUCUGCUGUGUGUAACUAAAGGCUGGUUCCCUGAGCCUGAGUUGGAGUGGCUGGACAGUGAAGGGGUCACUCUGUCUGCUGGACCGUCAGAGACAGACAGGGACUAUGAGGGAUUCUACGUAGUCAAACUAAAGACCAUCGUAAAGGAGACUGACAUCAACCACUUUACCUGCAGACUGAGACAGAGGCAGCAACAUGAGGUGAUUAAGAUGGAGACAGAGUUUCACAUCCCUAGUGAGCUAAUCCUUGUCUGUCACACCCUGACCAUAGUUUACUUUGCAUGUUUCUAUGUUUUGGUUGGUCAGGGUGUGAUCUGAGUGGGCAUUCUAUGUUGGAUGUCUUGUUUGUCUAUUUCUAUGUCUGGCCUGAUAUGGUUCUCAAUCAGAGGCAGGUGUUAGUCAUUGUCUCUGAUUGGGAACCAUAUUUAGGUAGCCUGGGUUUCACUGUGUUUUUGUGGGUGAUUGUCCCUGUCUCUGUGUUUAUUGUCACCAGAUAGGCUGUAUAGGUUUUCACGGUCUGGCCGUUCAUUUAUUGUUUGUUAGUUAUUUCAUGUCGAGUUCCUCUUAAUUAAAGAACACGAAUAACCACGACGCUGCAUUUUGGUCCGCUUCUCUUCCACCAGACGAAAGCCUCUACAUUGUCUCUAUGGGCAUUGUGGCCAUAUUAUCUUUCACUAUUUGGCACUGGAAUGGUAAUUAUGGUAGCAUUUUUCUGUAAACUUCACACACCAGUCAGAGUUAUACUUUAACUACAUAUUUAAUAAUAAUUAAGCUUUGCAAUAGCAUUUGACUUUCAACAAUUCACUAUUUCUAAUGAACCGUUGAGAGUGCCACCAGAAAAGUACAAAGAUCUUUUAUAGCCAAGAUACACCCAUCUCAACUUACACGACGAACCACAGAUCUUAGGAACAGUUCACAAAGGUUAAGAUUUGUAUGAAAGAUAUCUAUAAAACAUAGGAGACAGUUACUGUUGUGUCAACAGUUCUCAUUGUAAAGACCAGUGUCUGGCCCCCUCCUACUUCAAACUGGAACCCAUCUCACCCAGGUAUCUGGAAUGCUCGUUAGGCUUUAUUAGCCAAAGACAUUGUAAAUCUCCUCUGUCAGUGCUAUCUCAGAGGCCCAUCCUCAGUGGAACACACAAUACUCUAUUCUGUCCAAUGUAACAACUAUUAUAAUGUAAUACAAGCAUUAUAACAAUCUUACAAGCAUUAAAACAUAAUCUUGCAAUUUUUCACGACAUAACUUUUUUUGACUGAAUGUAAAUGUUUUAAAGUGCCGUUUACAGAGUGACAUACACAAGGAGUUGGGUACUAGAACCGAAAGGUUGCCAGUUCGAAUCCCUGAGCCGAUAAGGUGAAAAUCUUGAGCACGGCACUUAUUGCACCAGAGUUGUUCUAGUAUUUUCUCCACAAAAAUACUAAAUGUUUUAAUAUAAGGUUUAUUUAUAUCUCAGUGCAUGGUUUACAUGAAGCACAUAAGUGUAACUUCUUCCUUCAUGUAAAGGACUUUGUCAGAAAACAUCUUGAGUAAGUCAUUUUGUGGACCUUUCCUCUAACUUAUCUAUUGUCAUGUCUGUAGAUGCAUCCAGAGCUGAACAGUCAAGAGCUAGUUAAGUAGUGUCUUACUGUCAAACAUGCAGUUAUCUCCUCCAGAAAUGGAACUUUGUCAGAGAAAACACUGAGGUUCUGUGUUCAUUAAGUAUGUUCUCUAAUGUCUCUCUUUGCAUGUGUCCAGAGCAAGUUAAAAAAUGAACACAGUCUUGAGUUGAGUAAGUAGUGUCUAACAGUCCUAUGCAUCAAUGUGUAAAAGUUUACUUUUUCAUAAUUUUCUCC